UCAAGCCCCACAGAACCUACAUCAUUAUCUUUCCUAUUUCCUCUGCUUUCUCUCUCUCCGUUUUAACCGUCAAAUGCAGACUCGAAAAACUCAAGCUAAUAAGAACCGGCUUUUCUCAUGGGCUCUGUCACAAUAAACCCCACAUUAAAUACUUUCUGCUUCAAUCCCCAACGCUACAAAACCAGACCUUUUAAUUAUUAUUCUCCUCACUUCUCAUUCAUCAAAGUCAAAGCUUCUCCAGUUUCUUUCGCCUUUAAAACUCCUUCUAAUCCCAUAAACCCAACUCCUAACUCUCAAAAUCGAUGCUUUUCGGUUAACCCUUUAUUGGUUGUAGUUCCAGUCUUAAAAAGCAUCAAAGGCUUGGCCUUCUCACACACUCAAAAAUGGGCUUCAUGUUUGCACGCUUACACCGCAGAAUCAGACAAAAUUUUAGACCAAUUUAGUGGGAAUUACUUGCAAAGCGGAGGUUUUGGGGUGGCUUUAUUAAGUGUAACGGCUAGUGCUAAGGUUCGAAUUAGUCCAUUUGUGGCGACAUUGGCGGCGAAUCCAACGUUUGUUUCCGGUUUGUUAGCAUGGUUUAUUGCUCAAUCGAUGAAGGUGUUUUUGAAUUUCUUUGUAGAAAGGAAAUGGGAUUUUAGGAUAUUGUUUGCUUCUGGUGGGAUGCCUUCUUCGCACUCGGCUUUGUGUACUGCUUUGACAACAUCAGUGGCGAUUUGUCAUGGAAUAGCGGACUCUCUUUUUCCUGUUUGUUUGGGGUUUAGUUUGAUUGUCAUGUACGAUGCGAUUGGAGUUAGAAGGCAUGCUGGGAUGCAAGCUGCGGUUCUUAAUAUGAUCGUUGAGGACCUAUUUCAAGGGCAUCCUAUCAGUCAAAGAAAACUCAAGGAACUUCUUGGACACACUCCCUCACAGGUCUUUGCUGGAGCUAUGCUUGGCAUUGUGGUAGCUUGUAUAUGCUGUCAAGGUUGCUUGGUUGCAACCUAGAACUGCUUCUGCAAGCAAUUUUUGAUCGGAUCGUGUGAACAGUGUUUGCUAGUUUAAAAUCCCCUGGCUCAAUUUUAUGGUCUGGCCUUUCAAAAAAUAAUAAAAAAAAAUUUGUAUGGCCUGCUGAGUUGUUGUAUUCCCUACUUAAAUCCUCAAUAACCUGAACCAGAAGACGCGGAAAUUUUCUUUCUCCGUUUCAGUAACUUUGCUACUUGUAGCACAAAUCUGAAUUGACGCCAGUAUAGCAAUUUAGAAAUUUUCCUGCCUGUAUAUUGGAUCAAGAAUGCCAGUUAGAAAGGUAAUUAUUAGACGAA